CAUCAGAUACAGGAAGAAUUAACAAAAGAAAAAAAUUGAUAUCGAUGUGGGCACAUGUACCGGUACAUCAUCGAGUCGAGCGCGGGGUCCCCAACCAACCAUCCAAAAACCAAGUACGUCCAGCCUCGACAUCACCCCGAGGAUAGCCGAAGAUAGAUGUGCAUCCUGCUACUGUCUACCGUCCAUCCUGACUACCACCUCAUCCUCCUCUCCAACCGCGACGAAUUCCUCGAUCGUCCCACGGCCUCCCUAGACUGGUGGACCCACCCGCCAACAAACACCAAAGUGCUCUCUGCUCGAGACUUACUACGACCAGAACAAGGCACCUGGCUGGGAGUAAACGAGCAUGGAAAACUAGGCGUGUUGACCAACUUCCGGGAAGAGGAUGUACAGAAGAUAUCGGGUGAUCGGAGUCGGGGGCAGAUGGUGAAGGAUUAUCUGACGUCGAGAUAUGGGACAGUUGAGGAGUUUGUGGAGGCGAUGAUUGAGGAGGGGAGUCAAAAGGGUGUUGGUGGAUUCUCGUUGGUUUGUGGAGAUCUAAGAGUACGUAGUGGAGAAGAGGGAGUCGGGAGGAUGGCUAUCGUCUCGAACCGCAUUGGCAAAUCAGCAGCAAAUGACAAGGCAGGACCGGACUGGAUAUUGGAGAAAGGCAGUGUCGAGACCGAAGGAUUGAGUAACUCGGUGUUCCUCGAGCCAUGGCCAAAGGUGAACGAAGGAACGAAGUAUCUGGAAGAGGUGCUGCGUGAUUCCCAGAAAGCAGGCAGAUCACAAGAAGAACUGGUCGAGAGUCUGUUCGAAAUUCUAAGCCGGGACAACCUCCCACCAGAACCAACCAUCCAAGACCUCCGCGACUCCAUCUUUGUCAGAAUAUUUCCAGUACCAUGGACUGUGCCAGCAGACACAACAGCAUCAGGCUGCGCAGACGACGAAACACUAAGAAAGCCAGCGGAGACGCCGAUAAGACUGUACGGAACGCGGCAACAGAGUGUGAUACUGGUAGACAAGCAAGGGCAGAUCACGUUCAUAGAGCGGACAUUAUGGGACGAGUACGGAAACGCAUUACCGAAAGACCAGAGAGACCGGACAUUCCAACUGGCAUUCUAACAACAGUAAGUCAUGCGUAAUGGUAUAUUUGAUGGACCAAAUAGGCCCCUAUAUACAAUG